UUUUUUUUUUUGUGUGUGGAUGACUCUUCAUGGAAGCAGCCUAAGGCUUACUUUCUUUGACCAAUACAAUACCCCAACACACACACACACACACAGAUUGUAUCUAUAUGUAUAUAUAGCCUGCUUUGAAAUGUUUUCCGUAUAUUCGCUGCGAGUGCUGGAGUUUUCAGCAACCAAAAAGGCCAAAGCUUUUCCACUCCAAAGAAAACAAAGUGCUUAAAAAUCCAAUCUUUGAAUCCCUCAAACCUCGUGGUUUUUGAAAGUGGGUAUAAAUCUUUGAAUUAGACCCACCAUUUUCUGCAUUCCCAUUUCAAGAAAUUAUUCAGAAAUUUCUCACUGUCAAUUUGUGAUACUCGGAAAAGAAUUCAAACUAGUCCUUAGAGUCCCCUUGUUGUACGCGUGCUCAUUCGUAUUUGAAGGUUCAAGUAGACUCCAAUAUUCAAAUCCAAUAUUCCUAGAGACAUAUAUAUAGAGGGCGGUUGAUAUCAUUAUUGCAUACACACAUCACAAAUAGACAAGAAGAUAUUUGCAUACAUAUAUACCUUCUCACUCCGAAGGGACUUCAAGAUUAGCCAAGGGUCUUCCAUUUUUGGUGGGGGACUGAAAAAUUUAAUGGGAUUGUCUCUCUCAUUACUUGUAUCAGCUUGGCAAGAAACAGUGAACCAUAGACUUUUCAACUUGGCCUUUGGGGUUGAAUUUGGGGGUGCAAAAAAGUUGAGAACCAACAGCUUUGGGAAAUCAGGAACUGUGGCCAUGACCAUAACAAAAGGGCUGAGCAGCAUGAGCAGGAAGAAUUCUAUAAAGUUGAGGAAUUGUGAGCCUGUGAAACUGAUUCUUGAAACCUCACUUUCAUUCAAGGACUUGGUUAUGAAAUCAGAAGGUGGAGAUGCAGCUGAGGGCCACAGUGAUAAGUUGGCCUCUGCUAUUGAUCUCCCUGAGCCUGCUAUAAUGUUUUCCCCACGCCCCGUUAGCGAGCUGGAUGCAGCCGCGGUGAAGCUCCAGAAGGUGUACAAGAGCUACCGGACUAGGCGAAACCUUGCUGAUUGUGCAGUUGUUGUGGAGGAGCUAUGGUGGAAGGCCUUGGACUUUGCAGCUCUGAAACGGAGCUCUGUGUCGUUCUUCAACGAUGAGAAGCCGGAGACGGCUGUUUCGCGGUGGGCUAGGGCGAGGACCAGAGCAGCCAAGGUGGGAAAGGGAUUGUCUAAGGAUGAAAAGGCUCAAAAACUGGCACUUCAGCACUGGCUUGAAGCUAUUGAUCCACGGCAUCGUUAUGGACACAAUUUGCAUCUAUAUUAUGAUGUAUGGUUCAAGAGUGAAAGUGCUCAGCCUUUCUUCUACUGGUUGGACGUUGGAGAUGGGAAGGAAGUAAAUCUGGAGAAAUGCCCGAGGCCCAAUCUGCAAAAGCAAUGCAUCACAUAUCUAGGACCAAAGGAGAGGGAAUCAUACGAGGUGGUGGUUGAAGAUGGGAAGCUGCUGUACAAAGCAAGUGGUGUGUUAGUGGAAACCAUUGAGGGAUCAAAAUGGAUAUUUGUGCUUAGCACCACAAGAACUCUGUACAUCGGCCAGAAGAAGAAGGGCCUUUUCCAGCACUCCAGUUUCUUAGCUGGAGGAGCCAUCACAGCAGCUGGGAGAUUGGUGGCUCAUGGGGGUGUUCUUGAGGCAAUUUGGCCUUACAGUGGUCACUAUCUUCCCACCGAAGAAAACUUCAGAGAGUUCAUAAGCUACCUCGAGGAGCACUGUGUCGAUCUUGCAGAUGUGAAGAGAUGCGCGACUGAUGAUGACCGGCCUCCUGAGCCAAUUCCAAGAAACGCAUCCGAGAGCAGCCUCGAUCAACAACGUAAUGCCACAACACACGAUCAAGAUGUUCCAUCAACGGAGCACCAAGAUAAGCUGCGGUACAGCUUUGCCAAACGCAUGUCGUGCAAGUGGAGCACGGGGGCUGGACCGAGGAUCGGGUGUGUGAGGGAGUACCCCGCAGAGCUACAAUCACGAGCUCUUGAACAAGUGAAUCUUUCACCAAGGGUGGCCAAUGGAGGUCUUGCCAACUACGGGCCAAUCCCAUCGCCCCGGCCUAGUCCAAAGCUUCGACUUUCGCCUAGAGUUUCCUACAUGGGAUUGCCAAGUCCGAGGACUCCCAUAGCUGCAGCUCACUGAGGAAGAAAGGAAGGUAGAAGUGGGAUUUGGAAGAAGCACCUUCUUCAAUAAGGGAACUAACUUAAAUCUUUCUUCUUUUAUUCAAUUUGUAAGUUUGUAAAUGUCUCAUUUGCAUGCCAAGUCUUCUUUUUGUCCAGUUUUGGCUCCUUUUGACAGUUGCAAGCUGAGGUUUUAGUCCGUAUUGCUUCAUUUUUUUGUAUGUUAACAAGAUUCAUACUAUUAGUUAAAAUGUUGUACAUUUCAUCUUCUAUUUAAAUGAAGAAAUAAAACAGUUGAAAACUUA